GCACAGGUCACGUGCUAUUGUUUAGAGCAGGAAACUGUCGCUGGUACGUCUUGACCCGCACACAGCAGCUGACUGGGACAGCUUUCUCACUCAUUGACAAGUAUUUGGCUUUGAUCUCUCCAGCAUGCCCGCGGGAAGGGGAUGCUUCUCCGGUAGGAAGGACGUGUAAUGAUCAGUAUGCGUAGAAGCGGAGUAAACAAACCCGACACGCAUCCAGCUGCUGCCGCCGCUAGCUCGCUCGCUAGGUAGCUAGCCACCGUCGCACAGCAGCCUGUGGGGGGACGAGCUAACCGUGGCUAGCCAGUCGCCGUCUGGCUAGCUACAGUUAACCUCCAAGACGUGGAAGUUGAUAAUUACCCGUGCCUGGCUGGUAAGCCAGUUAGUUGCCGACUUUUGUGUCACGUAAAGGGACAAAAUGGAGCUGUUUCAAGCCAAAGACGAGUACAUUCUUCAGAGCGGGGACCGAGCUCUGUGGUGCAGCCGAAAAGACGGGACCAUGACCGUCAGACCUGCGACAGACCUGUUAUUGGCUUGGAAUCCAGUGUGUUUGGGUUUGGUAGAAGGUGUCAUUGGAAAGAUACAGCUUCACACAGAUCUUCCUCUUGGCCUGGUAUUAAUCCGUCAGAAAGCACUCGUGGGCCACUUACCAGGCAACCACAAAGUCUACAAGAUCACCAAGAUAGCUGUCAUUCCUCUGUCUGACGAGGAGCCCCAGGAGCUUGAGCUGGAGCUUUGCAAGAAACAUCACUUUGGAAUAGACAGACCAGAGAAAUUGGCCCAGUCUCCUGAUGAGUCCAAGUUCUUGAUGAAAACCUUCAGCCAGAUCAAAUCUAACGUGGCUGUGCCCAUCAAGAAAAAGUAUUCCCCUGCCUUCCAGGUCAAGGAGAACAAAGAGAAGGAACGUCUGGAGAGGCGGCUGCUGGAUGAGCUGUACAAGAUAUUUAUGGACUCAGACUCCUUCUACUACAGCAUGACCUACGACCUGACAAACAGUGUGCAGCGUCAGGGAGACUCGGAUAAGUCCGGCUUACCCCUCUGGAAGCAGGUGGAUGACCGUUUCUUCUGGAAUAAACACAUGAUCCAAGACCUCAUCGACCUUCAGGCGCCAGAGGUGGAUUUCUGGGUGACACCAAUCAUCCAGGGCUUUGUACAGGUGGAGGAACUGGUGGUAAACUACAACGAGACAUCCGAUGAGGAGAGGAGCAGCCCCGAGACACCACCACAGGAGAUCACCUGUGUCGACGACAUCCAUCCACGCUUCACUGUGGCCCUGAUCUCCAGACGUAGCCGCCACCGUGCAGGGAUGCGGUACAAACGCAGAGGAGUGGAUACAGAUGGUCGUGUGGCUAACUAUGUGGAGACAGAGCAGUUGAUCCAUGUGCACAGCCACACUCUGUCCUUUGUGCAGACUCGUGGCUCUGUGCCUGUCUUCUGGAGCCAGGCGGGGUACCGCUACAAUCCCCGGCCACGCUUAGAGAAAGGAGAGAAGGAGACCAUGUCUUACUUUGCUGCUCACUUUGAAGAACAGCUUAAACUCUACAAGACGCAGGUCAUCAUUAACUUAGUGGAUCAAGGCGGACGGGAGAAGAUAAUUGGUGACGCGUAUUUGAAGCAAGUCCUGCUUUACAACAACCCAAACCUCACUUAUGUUUCCUUUGACUUCCAUGAGCACUGCCGAGGUAUGAAGUUUGAGAAUGUGCAAAUACUGACAGAUGCGAUAUCUGAUAUCAUCACUGACAUGAAGUGGGCCUGGGUGGAUCAGGCUGGAGUCAUUUGCAAGCAGGAGGGUAUCUUCAGAGUCAACUGUAUGGACUGUCUUGAUAGGACUAACGUGGUCCAGGCUGCUAUUGCUCGGGCGGUGAUGGAGCAACAGCUGAAGAAACUGGGUGUGAUGCCUCCAGAGCAGCCUCUGCCUCUCAAAUGCUACAAGAUUUAUCAGAUCAUGUGGGCUAACAAUGGAGACACCAUCAGCAGACAGUAUGCAGGCACAGCAGCGCUUAAGGGAGAUUUCACCAGGACUGGUGAAAGGAAACUGGCUGGUGUGAUGAAGGAUGGUGUGAACUCAGCCAACCGCUACUAUCUGAACCGCUUCAGGGACGCUUACAGACAAGCAGUCAUCGACCUAAUGAUGGGCCUGCCAGUGACGGAGGACCUGUACUCCAUCUUCAGUAAGGAGAAGGAACAUGAGGAGAAAGAGAAAGAGAGCCAGAGGGGAGCACAGGAGCAGGUCAGCCUCCUGCUGCAGACCUACAUGCAGCUUCUGUUGCCUGAUGAUGAGAAGUUUCAUGGAGGUUGGGCUCUCAUCAAUUGUGACAUGAGCCUUGUUGAUGCAACCAACAAAGACGUGGAUGUGCUGCUGCUUCUGUCUGACAAAGCAUAUUACAUUGCUUACUACGACGAAGAAGCAGAUAAAGUCAACCAAUACCAGCGCCUCAACUUAGAAGGUUUGGAAAAGAUCGAAAUCGGUCCGGAACCUACUCUGUUUGGGAAGCCAAAGUUCUGCUGCAUGCGUCUGCAUUACAGGAGUGAAGAGACGAGUGGAUACUUUCACACGCUGAGAGCAGCCACACGAAAUCCCGAGGAUGAUGGAAAAGACACGUUACAAUGCAUAGCUGAGAUGCUUCGCAUAACUAAACAGGCCACAGGGCUGGACCUGCUUGUAGUUGAAAAGAAGUUAGAGAGGCGGCAGACUAAACCUCAUGAGGAUAUAAUGGGAAUCCAGAACAAACCUGCUGAGCAGGUCCAGGGUAGUUCUGGUCUGGCACAGGGUAAAAGUUUCCUCCUUAACAAGUUCUCCUCUCUCAAUCAGAAAGUGAAACAGACCAAGACGAACGUAAACAUUGGCCCCUUCAAGCCCCUCGGGAAGCUGGGCAACUUUUCUAAGCCUGAUGUUAAAGUCAAUUUCCUAAAGCCAACUAUGCAUGUCAACCUUUGGAAGUCGGAUAGCAGCUUGGAGACAUCAGACAACAAUCCUGGCACCGUCCUUAAAGAUCUUGGUGAUGAGCACUCUGAAAUCUCCUCUGACUCUGACUCCUAUAAUUCUGACCCAGAGCACCCGUGUUCUGGUUCUUUAGAAAAUGUGGACUAUGUCCUGCCCAGUUGCGGCAUUGUAGCAUCAAACCCACGGCUGGGCAGUCGCUCCCAGUCUAUUGGUAGCGUGGAGCUAAAUAUCCCCUCUGUAAUCCGGGUUACUGGCUGUGAUGGGAAGCAGGAAAGCCCCUCUCAAGUCAGUGAUGACAAGUCCCCAGGGGCAGCCUCAGUGGCUGAAGAAGCCAUUCUCAUUGACUUUGGCACUCCAAUUGAUGCCUACUGCCACCAGUUUGUCCACGAUGCACAGACCCAACCUGUCGAGGUGUUUGGAGAGCUGCCGCCAGCUGCCGUCCACCCACUCAACCCUGCAGUGCCUGUGCAGAACAAAACCACAGCAGACUCAGACAAGCAGCCAACCUCCCAGCCGCAGCAUCAGCAGGAGGAGCCCCAGCUCCCCAGGCCAUCCCAGCUUGACGUCGAGUCCACUACCUCCAGUUCCAACCUCCUAGCCGUCCAGAAGCCAAGCUCUGCGGCAUCAGGAGGCUCUCAGAGGAGUCUGAGUUCACAGUUGGAGAGCAGCCUCGGCCCUUCACCUGCUGACAGCAACGGCAGCCGAGUGGUGUCUCCCUUUGCCAAGAUCAAGAGCUCCAUGGUCCAGGUAGCCAGCCUCACCCAGGCGGGACUUACCCAGGGCAUCAACUUUGCUGUGGCAAAGGUACAGAAGAGCCCAGAGCCAGACACUGUUAAUGAAGCCCAAGAGAGUGAGCUGAAGGCAAUGUUUACACAGUGCCAGACCAGGAUCAUCCAGAUCUAGUGCUUUCCUUGUAGCAGGAUUUUGUAGUCGCACAUUGUGUAGAAACUUCCUGUAUGGUAGCAGUAGCAAAAAGCUUGCACAUAGCGUCACUACUCAGCCAAAAGAAAAAGCGCUCUUAAAAUUUCCCCCUUAGUUAAAGUUGCCCAUGUUGAUGAUGACUUGUACAGAACCUACAGAUAUAUACAAAAGCCCAACAUGACAGUGAUCAUGUUUACAUGCACAUAAUUAUGGAUUCCCGCACUGGUUUGAUAUAAAGAUGUUUAGCUCAUCUUUGCCAUCCAACCUUGCACACUGGUCUUCUUUCUUUUAUGGGUUAAUAAUCAGUUGUCCCUGUGAAAAUAAUGGAGAUAGCCUGACAUUUGUUUGUAAAUGUCUCAGAACACCGGUACGUAGUACCAAGGUUUAGAAUAAAAAUGGUAUAUAGGAAGGUAUUUGAGGAAUCUCUUAUAGUUCCCAUGUGUCAAUGAGAACAUUGAUGGAAAUCCUAAGUCACUCCAGAAAUACUGCCACUGUUUAUGUACAGUUUUCUUUAUCAUAUAUCAGUGAUAUUCUCAUUAUGAUUACCUUAAGAGACAAAUAACGAAGACAUAAGAAGAUAUUGAGGUUUCAGUGGUGUGCUGAGUGUUUUUGUGCAUGUAAACAUGUCACUAUCCUUCACCCACAGUGCUUGCAUGUGAGGUUAACGGUAACUGACAUCGACAAGGCAGGUAAACACGAGCUGCAUGUUGAAAGACCAACUCUGACUUUUAUCAUGUACUGUACGUCAUCCUGUAUGUGCAGGUCACUUAUUGGCGUUUGUGAUAUAGACCUCGUAAUAACCUUCAAUUUGUAACAGUUGUUGUAAACUCCAACCAAAUAUCUUUUGUGAUUCCCAAAGGACAACUCCAUGUGAACUGUUACCCUUUGUAUAGCUAUCAGAAACUAGCCAGACGACAUACUGUACGUAGUUAUCCUAUGUAAUAUCAAUGUUGUCAAGUGUAACUUAGAAGAUAUACCGUUCUAGACAUAAUGACUACACAAGACCUUAGUAAGAGUAUCCUGGUUGUUGAUAUGUACAGUGAGUAUUGUAUGUUUAUCUGUUCCCUGAGUAGAGCCUUCCCUUAAGCUUUUUGUAUUAAUGGUAGGAUGGCAGUUUGUUUAAUAAGGUAUGAACAUUAUAUUUUGAAAAGAACGCCCAGUACUGUCAUUGCUAACCACGAUUAACCAGAAAGCCACUGGUUGGAGUUGUUUUUGAUAGAUGAUACGUAUUGAAAUCACUAUUCUGCUAAUGGUUGUACUAAUUAACUAUGAGGGUUUGUUUGAACUGAGUCCUCGGCCAGCGUUGUGCAUUUGACGUUGCAUGUUUGAUAAAGACAGGAGCAUAUAGUAAGUAUAUAUGCAAUUGCACCCACCCAAUUAUUAGAACACUGACGCGUUAUGCACUCCCCAAACUGAAAGCUUAUUUGCCUUAACAGGGAAUUGAAGUGGGAUUAUGUAUAUCAGGUAUUUAUGGCAAAAUCUACCUUUUUAAGUCCAUUCUAACAUGUUACAUUUGGUGUACUGUAUAAAAGAUCCUGUUCAGGGUUACUGUAUGUCAUCGAGCUUUAUCUUGGGAUACUUCAUCUACUGGCAUACAUUCUCCAUGGAAAUGAGCAGGUUCUGUGUGUUGGCUGUGUGUAUGUGCUGUACAGUAUGUGUGAAUUUGUGUGUUAGAGGAUCCCUGCUGCUGCUGGUAUUUAGGAGCACUCGCCUUAGAGCCCUAGUCAUAUCUAUGCGCUAUAAAGUCGUAUACAUUGUUAUAUUGCGCGUUAACCUCAAGAAGUGAGGUUUUGCCUCGUUAGUCGCCCGUUAAACUUUACAGUUGUCAGAGAACUUUUGAGAAUCUCCCACUUGACCUUGUUACAGUCCUUUUAGAAGUCACCUCAUCGCACUGCUGUUUAUGAUAAAUAAUAAUCUAGUUUGCUCUGAGCUGAAAUAUCCCAAGAUAAACUGUCACACAUUUCAUAUUUUUGUGUUACAUUUUCCUGUUUUCAGCUUGCUCACCAGCAGAUAGGAUGUGGGAUGCUUGUAUAUUUUAUCUGAAUCUGUUUAGGUGAGACAUUAUAUAAUUAUUAAACCUGCUGAUAGUGUGUGGUGCUGCCAAAGCUUUAUGGUAAUAGCUGUAAUGCAGAGGGUUAAAGGUGUUUUUUUUUUGUUUUUACAUUUCCUUCAGGAUUGCAAACACUGGAGUAGUUCUCAAGCAGAACAGAAACUUAGUGUCCUAAAGUGGCUGUACGGAGCUAAAAGGAACAGUAAUCCUCAACAUUCCUGAUAGAGACCACAAUGCUAGAGUGUUGGUGUCUGGUUUUUAUAUGCAAAAGCUGGCAGUUCUAUUUGAUCCUAUAUUUGCUGGGUGAGAGUUUUCUCCUUUUCUUUUGUUUACACUAAGUGCUUUUGAAACCACCUCUUCAUUUGUCGUCUGUGGUUGUCCUUCCUUCCCAUUAAGACCCCAGACCAUGACAAAUGAUCAUGCGAUUAGAGGUCUUAAGACAUUUGAUUUGCACUGUUUAAGCACAUUUUCUAGCAUUAGUACCAUUCCAUCCGAAUGUCUGUGGUCAUAUUUCUCCUCUUUAACAACUGACUUGUCAUUGUUUUCCAUGGUGUACUGAGAUUGUAUUGUAUAUUAAAAGUAUCCUAUUUAUUCUUA